AUGACUGGGACUACCUGUUCGAACUCUAUCUGGGAGAUUGACCUGCGCAACGUCACCAUUGCACCUUCUGGCGAGAUCUCUCAGCCAGCCCAGAUUUCUCUUAUCCAGGAGUUAUGUACAGCACGACAACUCAACGGCCUGACUGGCUUGUCUACGAAUGAUACCUCCAACCUGUUGAUUUCCGACUCGGCGAACGGUGCUGUAUACAAACUAAACGUCAAGACCGGAGAUUACAAGAUCGUUCUGGAAGAGCCAGAGUUUGAUCCUUUGCCUAAAGGUCUACAUGUCGGAAUAAAUGGCAUUCACGUUCACGGCGAUGCUCUAUAUUUUUCCAGCUUGGAUCAAGGGCUCUUUGCUAGAGUUCCAAUAUCCCUUGCAACUGGCUUUGCUACUGGCGCGGUUGAGAUUCUUGCGACGAACAUCACCAAUGGAGACGAUUUCGCCAUCUCACCUCAGGGCACGCGUGCUUGGAUAGCUACAAACGGCCCUAACGAAAUUGUCGAGGUCGACAUUGCAAACAAAACUCAGCGUAUCGCGGCCAAUACUCCUUUCCUUGGAUCCGCAUCAUCGAUAGCGCUUGGCUAUUGGCAGUCAAAGGAGGUUCUAUACGUGACUGCUAGAUGGAAUUGGCAUGAGGUUUGA